GGGGGAAAUUGUCAAGCAUUCUGCAGUGGAAACCAGAAAGCAACAAAUUUGACCGCCGCAACCGAAUCCAGAGGGUUCCCCCUGUUUCCUCUCCCACCGCCGCCACCCGCUGCGCACCGGCGCCGGCGACCUCACCGCCGGCCGGCGAGGGGCACGACGAACCAGGACUCUCCUUCCACCCGAGUUUCGUUUCCCUCUCUCUCUCCGGGAGGUGUCGUGUCAGUGCCGCCCUCUACUCUACUGGCACGGUUCGUCUGGCGAGGAGAGUAGAUCCACCCGGCCGCACCUGGAUCGAUCUCUUCGUUUGCUGGAAUUUGAGGGGUUGAGCUAAACCCCAAUCCAUGCCCAGCAGUCACUCCGCCCCUGCAAGGUUUCUCUAGGAUUUUGCAGAAACAGCCAUGUGGAGGCUCAAGCAUUUCACCCCCAAGGAACAGCCUAGUGGCCUCGAGGGCCGCACCAUCGACGUCGGCAAUGUCAAGGUGCACGUCCGGGAGGCCAUUGCUGAGGGCGGGUUUUCGUGCGUGUACGCCGCCCGGGACAUGGUCAACCCCGCGAAGCAGUACGCGCUCAAGCACGUGAUCGUGCAGGACGAGGAGUCACUGGAGCUGGUCCAGAAGGAGAUCACGGUCAUGAGGUCGCUCAAGGGGCACCCCAAUGUGGUCACGCUGGUCGCGCACGCGAUACUUGAUAUGGGCCGGGCAAGAGAGGCACUGCUAGUGAUGGAGUUCUGCGACAAGUCGCUGGUUUCUGUGUUGGAUGACAGGGGGGCAGCCUACUUUGAUGAGGAGAAGGUGGCACUGAUCUUCCGAGAUGUUUGCAAUGCUGUCUUCGCGAUGCACUGCCAGACGCCGCCUCUUGCGCACAGGGACCUAAAGGCUGAAAAUGUUCUUCUUGGUGCUGAUGGGGCCUGGAAACUAUGUGAUUUUGGUAGUGUGUCGACAAAUCAUAAAUGCUUUGACAAACCUGAGGAGAUGGGCAUCGAAGAGGAUAACAUUAGGAAGCACACCACUCCUGCAUAUAGAGCUCCUGAGAUGUGGGACUUGUACAGGAGGGAGGUUAUCAGUGAGAAAGUAGAUAUAUGGGCUCUUGGAUGCCUCUUGUAUAGAAUCUGCUACUUCAAAUCAGCAUUUGAUGGCGAAUCAAAGCUUCAGAUACUUAACGGGAAUUACCGUAUCCCAGAAUUGCCAAAGUACAGUUCUUCCAUUACAACUCUGAUCAAAGACAUGCUUAAUUCUUCUCCAGAUGUCAGACCGGACAUUACACAGGUGUGGUUCCGUGUUAAUGAGUUACUUCCAUUGGAGCUGCAAAAGGAUUUACCUGAUGGAUCCCCAUCUGGGUCAGCAUUUGAGUCUCAUACUGCUAUUGAUGAAGCACCAAGGAAAGCAUCUCAAAGGAGUGCUGCUUUAUCAUCAAGAGAAGACCUGAGGAGUACCUCUCCUAGUCAUUUUUCCAACCUGAUGCCACAAGAUCCUCCGAAAGCUAUGGAGAACAGGGGUCCUAUGGGUGCAUUCUGGUCAACUCAACAUGCUCAGGAGCUAGCUUUUGCUGAUGACAAGGAACCAGCUUUUGAUCAAGAGCCCAUUAGCCAAGUCACCUCAAAACAAUCACAGGCUAAGAACCAGAGCACAGCAGUUCAUAUUUCAUCUCGGAAAUCCUUGUCUGCAUCAGUUGAUAGUUCUCCUGGAGAUUUUGAGAUUAGGUUUUCUGCAAAUGGCUCGGAGUCUGGGUUAGAGAAAACCAAAGCAGAAAAAACAGAAAAUAAAGCCAGCAUACAACCUACGGCCUUCAACUCCUUCGUGGCAGACUUUGAUAACAUCAAAAUGAACUCACAAAACAAUGCUGACAAUGUAAACUUGCUUAGCAAGUUGAAAGAAUGUCGACUGGAAGCAGAAGUUACUUUACUGAAGGAACAAUUAAAGAUAGCAAACCUGGAGAAGGAAGAAAUUUCAUUGAAGUUUGAUAAGUUGUCUGCCAUUUGUUCCUCUCAGAGGCGAGAGAUACAAGAGCUUAAGCAAGCCCUAGCUACUGCUUCUGUUACGCUGCCUGCUAAGCAGUUCAGAGAAAAUUCGAAGAUUGAACUCUCCCCACCCAGCACAAGCCUUGAUACUCCGCCGAGGGAGAAGAUUGAAGGAACCCCUCCAGAGCUCCGGCAAGGCCUGUUUACAUCAAGACCAGGGACACCGAGCCCUGACCCAAAACCAUGGUCAACUUUUCCUGAAGAGCUAAAACCUCAAGCAGCUGUGAAGGGUGCCCACCCCAGGUCAGUCCGAACUCUGCGGGCAUCAAACAGCAACAAAGCCAGCUCACUUGGACAGUCGAAUGUAAGUUCUAGCACCGAUCCAUUUGCCUUUGGUCAAGAUAGCUUUAAGGUUGCUCCUUCGGGAACUGGACUUCCCAAGUUAUCAAACAUGGGGAGUACUGCUCAGCUCCUCAAUAAUCAGAAUUCUGAAGAAAAGAAAGAUGGAUGGUACCAACCAGCUGGAUGGACUGGGUUUUGAUUGUGCUACAAUUUACAGUGAUACUAUAUGCCAAAAGAGUCAAGAGUACAUAUGGUCUUGGUGGUGUGGCAGACUGAAAAGCCACCGAGGAAUGCCUGAGCUUAUGUAGGUAUGUGUGGCAAUGCUUUUGUACAAUUAUUCUGGUGCUGAUCUUGCAUAAUGAUGCAUGCAGUUGUAACUUUACUGCGAAUGUAAGUUGUAACUUGCAAAUAAUUGCUAGAUGUUAGAAAUAGGAAGAUCUUUUUUUUGUUCAGUAGAUGAGCCUGUUGUGUCGUGUCCAUGCAUGGUCAUGUCAAUAUCUACAAUGAAUUUUUGGACACAUGCUAUAUAGAUAUAGUUAUCUGUUACCAUGUCAAGAAUAAAAGGUCACCAUUUACUGGUAAAUAAAUUGCCACAAUAUACUCACUUUGUUUGA